AUGUCGAUGCUGCAGCUGCAGGAAACACGGGUGGCUCAGCUCCUGCAGACUAUUCGACAUCAGGUUGGGAACCCCCUCCAAAAACGCAUCCGGAGCGUUAUCAAGGCCUGGCAAAAACUCCUGGAACCGGGCUCCGCCUGUGCCACUGUCAUUCCACUCCAACGUAACAUUAACACCAGUAACAACAAUGGUUCCACUGCAACAAAAUUUUCUUCAUCGACGCCAAACAUCACUAAUUCCUCUCCCUCCACUCAAAGCUCAAAUGGCCGCUCUAAAAUCCUCAGAAAUCAAUCUAGUAUCAAUCACCACAACCAAGAGCCUCCCACAAAAAUCCCUGAUCGGAAGAAGAUUUCCUCUACCACCGCCCUUCCUAACGGCUGCUCUCCAAAACUACCAUCCUCUCUGAACGGUCGCGUCUCCGUGAUCACAGAUGUGCCAAAACUCGCUAAGGUUAAAUCGACUGCAGAACUAGUUCAGGAGGCUGGUGGGUGCAUCGACUCCGUUACUAAAGAUCGCAUUCUCAGCAACCGCAUUGCCAAGGAGUCUGAUGAGUUCCCACGUCUUGUUCCUCUGGCUGCGAUGCGUUCCUCUCGCAAGGCCAAACAUCCGCCUUCAACGCUUCCAUCAACUACGCACCAUCACCAGAAAUCGGUAUCAAGGAAUGCGGAUCGUAUUUUACCUCCUCCGCCACCGCCCCCUCCGCCUCCCGUUACACAGCCCUCACCACAAUGCAAUCUCUCCAUUCCUCCAACGAAAUCGGAGAUAAUUGCAAAGUUCCUUGAACAUGCUCCUUCUCAGAUGGAGUCCCCACGGGAGACUCGUUCUAUCUCCUCCGAUCACAACUCUCGCCACCAUCACCACCACAAGGAGAAACGGAAGCAUGGAAAACGGCGAAGAGAGAACAAGGAGGAAGGUGACGGUGAAGAUGCAUUGACAGAGCCGAAGCAACCUCCAGUCACCAAUCAUAUGGAUGAUUGGCCAACAUUGUCACCCUUAACGGAAGAAGUGAUGCGUGAAGCAGCAGCGACGUGGCUCAGGGACUACCACUCUGGUCGGACCCCAAGUCAGACGGAACUGGGGGACGUUGGACGCGUGGCCGACCUGCUUCAGGGCACUUGGGAGGAGGUGAGCGCUAGCCGCGGUGACAAUGGUUGUUUGGAGCCUAUGACUGCACUCUACUCCGUCGAUAUGGGUGACGAUCAGUUAGUGCACAUUCUCCCUUGGACCAACCUGGGCGACUAUAAGCAGACCUUCUUUCCACCAGGAUCCACAACGGCCAGCGAUUUGGACCGUCUGAUUGAUCUUCCAGAGCCUUGGUGA